AUGAGCUCUGACCAAACCAUCGGCGGCGAAAACUACGUCGAUUCUAGUGUGGGAUCGCCCGGCCACCAGGACUUACUGACACAAAGCAUCGAUAUAGACCUCGGAAGGGGAACUGUUGGUUUUAUAGGGAAAGUAUCUGAAAUCUCUUGGAUCACAAGGGCAUACUCAUAUCUUGUUUCUCUUGAUCAUGAGCAUCCUGACGGGCAUGCAAAUACGUCACAGCGGAAUUCGGGAACUCAACUUGGAUAUUUCAUGGAUGAUGAGAAUCUAUUAAGCAUUGACGAGGACUACGUCAAUGCAUUACAUUGGCCAGGUGAUAUGGCCGUCUACAUCCUGUCCGAGGCCUUUUUUCAUGCACUCCAGGGUAUUUUCGACAGCUUCGCCAGAGAGAUAUUUCUAGAAGAGCUACGUGAUUUUCCACGCCAUCAAGCCUCCUUCUCAUGGGAUCAGCGAAGGUGGCUUGCGCUCACGAACCUAAUAUGGGCGAUUGGAUCAAAAUGGUUACACCAGGCAAUGCUUAAAGAUGACCUAGGAAUAGAAAACCAUUUGGUAUACUAUGCUCGAGCUCGAGCAUUAGGGCUCGACCAUAGGGUUAUGCUCGACUCUCAGAAUUUCUACGGUGUGAAGGCGUUGGGAAUGCUCUCCUUUUAUUUAUUUAUCAAUGGAUCGGUUAAUAGAGCAUGGGCGUUGGUGGGAUUGGCUAUCAGGAAUGCGACAUCUCUUGGCCUACACCUGAAAGUCGCUGAUGGCACCUCUAGCCCAACUCAGCUCAUAGAGCGAGCCCGCUUGUGGUACUCACUCUACAGUCUCGAGGUAGCGAUGUCUGAGGUCUUUGGAAAACCACCCUCGAUUUCUCUAGCUUACACCACAGUCCCCGUUAUGCUCCUCCAAGGUAGUGUACACAAGGAUCAUCACGCAGACAAUACAAGCUCAAGGAGUCUAUGGUUAGACUUUCUCCGCCGCACGAGACCCAUUAUCCAAACAAUGAGUGGAGGCCAGAUGUCCUGGCAGAUCUUUCAGUUCAUCGGAUACGGUGCACCUCGACACCAUCUCUCUUACCGGACCCGUCUUUCCAUGAUUAGCAACCAGAUCAUGACCCAGCUCUACAUGCCAAACCAAUCCAAUUCAUGGGCAUCAGUACAGAAGAAAAUUGCGAAUCUCGAUAUACAGCUUCUCGACUGGCAUAAGAGUCUGCCAGAUGACCUAGAUCUAGAAAGUACCGUGCCCAGUGGGACUGACCCUCGCGCUAAGAUCGAACUAGCAUUACAUUAUCAGAGCGUCAGGAUGAUCCUACACAGACCUUGCCUGUGUCACAUCCAGAUUCUAGCUGAAUCGACUUUCUCUCGAGACUUUAAUUACAGCAAUGCCAGGAGCUGCGUUUAUGGGGCGGUGGCAUUAGUCAAUAUUCUACCGGACAAUCCGACUAGGCAUGAAGCGUAUCAGCUGCUUCCUUGGUGGAAUCUGCUGCACUAUCUUGGCCAGGCUCUAGCGGUAUUUAUCUUAGAACUCUGCCUGGACAUGGAGCACUUUGAGCAAUCGUCGACUUUAUUCAAACCUCAUAUACAGAAGGCCAUGACAUAUCUCGAGUGUCUUACCACUGGCUCCCUGUCGGCGUACAAGGCGUGGAGAAUAUUGAGACAGAUGUUGAUGGCUCUCAGUUUUCGAGUUGACGAUUUCGAUAUUGCCAACAUCGCUUUAGAUGCACAAGUACCAGCUGGCUGGACCGAUGUGGAUGAGGCGACCCUGAUGGAGGCUCUUGGGUCUAUUGGUGAAGUGGGUUCUUGA